AGUCACUCAGCCUCUGAAGAAGCUUCGGGUUCAGACUCGGGCAGCCAGUCGGAAAGUGAGCAGGGCAGUGACCCAGGAAGUGGACAUGGCAGUGAGUCCAACAGCAGCUCUGAGUCUUCCGAGAGUCAGUCCGAAUCUGAGAGUGAGUCUGCUGGCUCCAAAUCCCAGCCAGUCCUUCCAGAAGCCAAAGAGAAGCCAGCGUCCAAGAAGGAGCGGAUAGCUGACGUGAAGAAGAUGUGGGAAGAAUAUCCCGAUGUUUAUGGGGUCAGGAGGUCAAACCGAAGUAGACAAGAACCAUCACGAUUUAAUAUCAAGGAAGAGGCAAGUAGCGGGUCUGAGAGUGGAAGCCCAAAAAGAAGAGGCCAGAGGCAGCUGAAAAAACAAGAAAAAUGGAAACGGGAGCCCUCAGAAGAUGAACAGGAACAAGGCACCAGUGCAGAGAGCGAACCAGAGCAAAGGAAAGGAAAACCCAGAAGGCCUAUCCCCAAAAGAACAGUGCCCAAAUCUCGUGUUAAAAAGCAGCCUAAGAUCCAGCGUGGCAAGAGGAAGAAGCAAGAGUCUUCUGAUGACGACGAUGAUGAUGAUGAGGCUCCCAAAAGACAGACUCGUCGAAGAGCAGCUAAAAAUGUCAGCUAUAAAGAAGACGAUGACUUUGAGACCGACUCAGAUGACCUCAUAGAGAUGACUGGAGAAGGAGUUGACGAGCCACAGGAAAACAGCGAGACUAUUGAAAAGGUUUUAGAUUCCAGACUGGGCAAGAAAGGAGCCACUGGAGCUUCUACUACUGUAUAUGCUGUUGAAGCUAAUGGAGAUCCUAGUGGUGACUUUGACACUGAGAAGGAUGAAGGUGAAAUUCAGUACCUCAUCAAGUGGAAGGGUUGGUCUUACAUUCACAGCACUUGGGAGAGUGAAGAAUCUUUACAGCAACAGAAAGUGAAGGGCUUAAAAAAGCUAGAGAACUUCAAGAAGAAAGAGGAUGAAAUCAAACAAUGGUUAGGGAAGGUUUCUCCUGAAGAUGUGGAGUAUUUCAAUUGCCAACAGGAGCUAGCCUCAGAGUUGAAUAAACAGUAUCAGAUAGUAGAACGAGUAAUAGCUGUGAAGACAAGUAAAUCUACAUUGGGACAGACAGAUUUUCCAGCUCACAGUCGGAAGCCAGCCCCUUCAAAUGAACCUGAAUACCUAUGCAAGUGGAUGGGCCUGCCCUAUUCAGAGUGUAGCUGGGAAGAUGAAGCCUUGAUUGGAAAGAAAUUCCAGAGCUGUAUUGACAGCUUCCACAGUCGGAACAACUCAAAAACUAUUCCAACGAGAGAAUGCAAGGCCCUGAAGCAGAGACCACGAUUUGUAGCUUUAAAGAAGCAGCCAGCAUAUUUAGGAGGAGAAAAUCUGGAGCUCCGAGAUUAUCAGCUAGAAGGUCUCAACUGGCUUGCACAUUCCUGGUGCAAAAGUAACAGUGUAAUCCUUGCUGAUGAAAUGGGCCUAGGAAAGACCAUCCAGACCAUAUCAUUCCUGUCCUACCUGUUUCACCAACAUCAGCUGUAUGGACCCUUUCUUAUAGUCGUCCCUUUAUCCACCCUCACUUCAUGGCAGAGGGAGUUUGAAAUCUGGGCACCAGAGAUUAACGUAGUGGUUUACAUAGGUGACCUGAUGAGCAGAAAUACGAUACGAGAAUAUGAAUGGAUUCAUUCCCAAACCAAAAGACUAAAGUUCAAUGCACUUAUAACAACAUAUGAGAUCCUCUUAAAAGAUAAGACUGUGCUGGGUAGUAUUAACUGGGCCUUUCUGGGAGUGGAUGAAGCUCAUCGGUUGAAGAAUGAUGACUCUUUAUUGUAUAAAACUCUGAUUGAUUUCAAGUCCAACCAUAGGCUCCUGAUUACGGGCACUCCUCUUCAGAAUUCCCUGAAGGAACUCUGGUCCUUGCUGCACUUUAUUAUGCCAGAGAAGUUUGAGUUCUGGGAAGAUUUUGAGGAAGACCAUGGAAAAGGGAGGGAGAAUGGCUACCAGAGCCUCCAUAAGGUGCUAGAGCCUUUUCUUCUCCGGCGAGUGAAGAAAGAUGUGGAGAAAUCCCUUCCUGCCAAAGUGGAGCAAAUCCUCAGGGUGGAGAUGUCUGCCCUUCAGAAGCAGUAUUACAAAUGGAUUCUUACCAGGAAUUACAAAGCUCUUGCCAAAGGAACCAGAGGCAGCACAUCUGGUUUCCUGAAUAUUGUGAUGGAACUGAAAAAAUGCUGCAACCACUGCUAUCUGAUUAACUCCUGAAGAAAUGAACGGGAAAAUGGACAGGAGAUUCUUUUGUCCCUGGUGAGGAGCAGCGGGAAGCUGAUUCUCUUAGAACUGUUGACAAGACUUCGAGAAAGGGGGAACAGAGUCCUUAUCUUCUCUCAAAUGGUGAGAAUGUUGGAUAUCCUGGCUGAAUACCUGACAAUUAAGCACUAUCCUUUCCAGCGUCUGGAUGGUUCCAUCAAGGGAGAAAUCCGAAAACAGGCGUUGGAUCACUUCAAUGCAGAUGGGUCUGAGGACUUCUGCUUCCUGCUCUCGACAAGGGCUGGUGGCCUGGGAAUCAAUUUGGCUUCAGCGGACACAGUUGUCAUCUUUGACUCUGACUGGAACCCCCAGAACGACUUGCAGGCACAAGCCCGAGCCCAUAGAAUUGGUCAGAAGAAGCAGGUAAACAUUUACCGCUUAGUCACAAAGGGGACUGUGGAAGAGGAGAUCAUAGAACGGGCCAAAAAGAAGAUGGUACUGGACCAUUUGGUGAUUCAGCGCAUGGAUACCACUGGCCGAACAGUCCUGGAAAACAACUCAGGAAGAUCCAACUCAAAUCCUUUUAAUAAAGAAGAGCUGACAGCUAUUUUGAAAUUUGGAGCAGAGGAUCUUUUCAAAGAACUUGAAGGGGAAGAGUCAGAGCCUCAGGAAAUGGAUAUAGAUGAAAUUUUACGCUUGGCUGAAACCAGAGAGAAUGAAGUAUCAACAAGUGCCACUGAUGAGCUUCUGUCACAGUUUAAGGUUGCCAAUUUUGCAACAAUGGAAGAUGAAGAAGAGCUGGAAGAGCGUCCUCACAAGGACUGGGAUGAGAUCAUUCCAGAGGAGCAAAGGAAAAAAGUGGAGGAAGAAGAGCGGCAGAAGGAGCUAGAAGAAAUUUAUAUGCUGCCUCGAAUUCGUAGUUCUACUAAAAAGGUAACCAAGUGAGAUGAGAGAUGUGAAAAACCUUGUGCUAUACAGACUGUGUGCAGAGGAAAAUGGAAAUGCACAGAGCUCACAAGCAUGCCUUGAUGUGAUCCUAGCCAGUGAGAAUUUUGUUAAGUGGUUGAAGGAGAGCUGACUUCCACGGGAAUUUUCACUUUGCCUUUGAGAUUAGAAUCCAUAAUCCUAACAAUUUGGUUCUUAUUGCCACUGUCUUCAACUUUUGGAAAACCAAACCUUUUUGUCUGUAAAUGUUGACAGUGCUUGAUAUAAAUACUUUUUAAAGGAAUAUAUAACUAAAAACAAGGAAUAUUCAUAUGCUUUACAGCUUAUCAAACACCCUCAU